AAAAAUUCGGUGGCAAGUGUUGACACUUUGGGAGAGACCUUUGACCUGAAGUCAGUCAUGAUGUAUGAUGAAUACGCUUUUUCUAAAGAUGGCAAAUCCCCAACAAUAGAGACCAAGUCAAAAGCACUGAUUGGCCCAUUAUGGAGAAAAUACCAACUGAGCCAGAGUGAUAUUCGCAGAGUACGCAAACUUUACAAGUGUGACGAUAAAAACCCGAAGAAUUUUACCCACCAAUUCAAGUGUGAUUUCACCUCUCAUUCAUGUGGUUUCCGGAAUAGGGGAAAGGCUAUUUGGAAGUGGAAGUUUGUGAGGAAAAAUGAAGCAUACAUGUUCGCUUUUACAAACGACACAUCUUCAAGAAGCCAACUCCUUUCAGUGAACUUCCACCCAGUUAUUCCGAAAGAUGACUCCAAACCCCAAGGAUGUCUUUCUUAUUCAUACUUCUUGAGGUCAUCUUCAAUGCAGUUAAAUCAAGAAGUGCUAUCCUCGGCGACAGAACUCGGUGACGGUACGACAGUGAAGCUGUGGCGAUCGGGCAACACCGGGAAGUGGUACAGGGUCCAGAUGAACAUCAAUCUGGGCAAACCAUACAGGCUGGUAUUCGAAAUGACUCCUACAGGUGAUGGAAGCUCUGCUUCACUGGACAAUGUGGAGAUCUCAGUGAACAAGUGUGAAUCUCUUCGCAAUGAAAUCUAUUCUAAGCCAGAGAUCUCUAUCGAUGAAAAUGAUUGGACUCUCUUUGAGGAAGAACUUGAGAAGAAUGGCACCUACGCAUUCAAUAUCACUGCCACAGAUGCAACAGUAUCUGCAAAUGUCUCUUCUUUAUUGUAACUCACUUUUAUUUAUUGCACAUCAAUACAAUAGUUUUGUAAUUGUUUUUAUUUAUUUAUAUAUUUCUUUUAUGUUGUCAUUAAUAAAAAAAAGGUAAUAUAAAUCAAUAUUCAAACACCUUUUCCAAUCAUUCACAAUUUAUUUAAUUAUUUGGCAAUUGUGCAUUUUAAGUAAUAAUUACAUACAAGUAACUAGAAUAGUUGCUAUAAAAUAGUAUUAGUAACCCAUCAUAUAUAAAUGCUGUGGGCACAGGUGGAUCUGCAGGGGAUGGGGACUUAUCGGGGUAAAGCUCUCUCCCUUCUCCCCCUCACACAAAAAAAAUGAUAAAAUAUAAACCUGUCUAAUGAAAAAAAAAUUUAUUUCUAAUGGCAUUAUUUCUCGUGUAAUUACAUUUAAUAGGAC